UCUACUGCGAACGAACUGCUCAACUCAAGGGUUAAGCGCUCAAAUAUUUUUUGGCGCCAAAAAUUUCAACACUAUGCUUAGAUAUUUUCACCGAAUUUCCGGCGACCGGCCACCCACCACUCCGCCGGUUCAGCAGCCCAACGGCAACGUCACUGCCGCUGUCAACCAACGGCCACCGGCCGAUGACGUCAGAGGAACCGACACGCCACCGGAAAAGGUGCCGCGGCGCGUUUUACCGGCAAAUUUCGCGCCAAACGAGAAAGAAUCUGGUCCCUCCCUGUUUGAAAGCAUCAUGCACAAAUUUGUCAAGGUCGACGACAACGAAAGAGUUACUCAGAGGAGCCACUCAUUGAAUGGUAGUUUGCCUAAAUCUUCUUUACCAGUGGGAAUAUGUGCUGAUACUGAUUGUAAAGUGGUGAACAAGGCAGAAGCAGCUUUUCAACCUUUGGUGAAAGUGAAAGAUAAUGCUGUGAAUUUCAAGGAAAAGGCUAAUCAAGAGAACAUUGUGGUGGUUGAAACUGAUGAUAAUGUCACUGGACCAGAAACCCCAGGGAUGCUGCCUCUUGCUUCUCAUGUGAAGCGAAGUCGAGAGGAUGGAUCCAAGUUUGGUUCGUUGCUGAAUUCUGGCAAACGAGUUAGAUUUCUUGACGGUUCAUUGGAAUUGGACAUGACUAAGAAGGAAGCAGAAGUGGCUAGCAAGUUUGAAUGGCUCGAUCCUUCUCGAAUCAGGGAUGCUAAUGGAAGAAGGCCGGAUAAUCCUUUGUAUGACAGGACAACGCUUUAUAUUCCUCCAGAAGUUUUGGGGAAAAUGUCAGCAUCACAGAAACAGUAUUGGAGUGUCAAAUGUAAAUAUAUGGAUGUUUUGCUUUUUUUUAAAGUGGGAAAAUUUUAUGAGCUUUAUGAAAUGGAUGCCGACAUUGGCCAUAAGGAGCUUGAUUGGAAAAUAACGUUAAGUGGUGUUGGAAAAUGUCGGCAGGUUGGUAUAUCUGAAAGUGGGAUUGAUGAUGCUGUUCUAAAGCUGGUUGCACGUGGGUAUAAGGUUGGACGAGUGGAGCAAUUAGAGACAUCUGGAGAAGCAAAGUCUAGAGGAGCUAACUCUGUUGUUCGGAGAAAAUUAGUUCAGGUACUCACUCCAUCAACCAAUGUGGAUGGUAAUAUUGGUCCUGAUGCUGUUCACCUUCUUGCAAUAAAAGAGGAAAACAAUGUCUUGGAUAAUGGUGCAGUUGUGUAUGGAUUUGCUUUUGUUGAUUGUGCUCGGCUUAGAUUUUGGGUUGGCUCCAUAGACGACGAUGCUUCCUGUUCUGCUUUGGGGGCUUUAUUGGUGCAAGUGUCACCCAAGGAAGUUAUAUAUGAUAGUAGAGGUUUGUCCAAAGAAGCUCAGAAGGCACUUAGAAAAUUCUCGUUGAAUGGUUCGAGGACACUACAGUUCACUCCAGUUCAGUCCAUCACUGACUUGGUGAACAAUGAAAUUAGGGAUUUAAUUCACUCAAAGGGAUACUUCAAAGGCUCGUCUCAUUUGCUGGAUCAUGUACUGAGCAAUGUGAUUCAUCGUGAAAUCACCUUGUCUGCCCUAGGCAGGCUGAUUGGUCAUCUGGAUAGAUUGAUGCUGGAUGAUGUCCUACAGAAUGGGGAUUUAUAUCCAUACCAAGUUUACAAGGGUUGCCUCAAAAUGGAUGGUCCAACAAUGAUAAAUCUAGAACUCUUUUUCAAUAAUGAGGAUGGUGGCAAAUCAGGUUCAUUGUACAAUUGUCUUGAUAAGUGUGUAACUUCAUCUGGAAAGCGGCUUCUUAGGAACUGGAUCUGCUGUCCAUUAAUAGAUCCUGAAAUAAUUAACAAAAGGCUUGAUGUAGUGGAUGAUCUAAUGGCUAACCCAGAGAUUGUGCCACAUAUUGCUCAACAUCUUCGCAGGCUUCCAGACUUGGAACAUUUGCUUGGCCGAAUUAAGUCCAGCCUUCAAUUAUCAGGCCCUCUCUUAUUGCCCCUAUUGGGAAAGAAAAUAUUGAAGCAGAGGGUGAAAGUGUUUGGAUCACUUGUGAGAGGCCUUCGGACUGCUUUGAGUUUGUUGCUUCUUCUACAGAAAGAGCAGCCUCUAAUAUCGUCUUUGACCAAAGUUUUUAAACUUCCAAUUCUGACUGGUAGUAACGGGCUUGAUCAAUUUCUUGCUCAGUUUGAAGCAGCAGUAGACAGUGACUUCCCAAAUUACCAGAAUCACAAUGUUGCAGAUUCUGAUGCUGAAACACUCAAAAUACUUGCUGAAUUAUUUUUGGAGAAAGCUGCUCAGUGGUUUGAAGUUGUUCAUGCCAUCAAUUGCAUUGAUGUAUUAAGAUCUUUUGCUGUUACUUCUACCUUUUCUUGCGGAACUAUGUCUAGGCCAGUUAUAGUGGCAUCAAAAGGUACAAGUAAAGACAAUGGCAGAACAGUGCUCAAGAUGAAGGGACUAUGGCAUCCAUUUGCCCUUGGAGACAGUGGAUGUUUGCCUGUCCCCAAUGAUGUGAUCCUUGGUGAGAAUGAAGAUGGGUUGUAUCCUCGAACUUUGCUGCUUACUGGACCAAACAUGGGUGGAAAGUCAACACUUCUGCGUUCCACCUGUCUGGCUGUUAUUAUGGCCCAGCUAGGCUGUUAUGUGCCAUGUGAAAGUUGUGUUCUCUCAGCUGUGGAUAUCAUCUUCACACGACUUGGAGCCAAAGAUAGAAUCAUGACAGGCGAGAGUACCUUCUUUAUUGAGUGUACUGAAACGGCAUCGGUGCUUCAGAAUGCUACUCAAGAUUCUCUUGUUAUCCUUGAUGAAUUGGGUCGGGGAACAAGCACUUUUGAUGGCUAUGCCAUUGCUUAUGCAGUAUUCCGGCAUCUGAUUGAAAAAGUUAACUGUCGCAUGCUAUUUGCCACCCACUACCAUCCACUCACGAAAGAGUUUGCUUCUCAUCCACGUGUUAUAAUGCAACACAUGGCUUGUGCUUUCAAUUCAAAAUCGGAUACCCACUCCAUGCGUGAUCAGGAACUAGUUUUCCUAUAUCGGCUUGCCUCCGGACCAUGUCCAGAGAGCUACGGCUUGCAGGUGGCCCUCAUGGCUGGAAUCCCAGAAAAAACGGUAAACAUUGCUUCUAAGUCAAGCCAGAAGAUGAAAAAAUCAAUUGGACAAAGUUUUAGGUCAAGCGAACAGAGAUCAGAGUUCUCAACCCUUCAUGAAGAAUGGUUGAAGACCUUGGUAUCUAUCUCACGCAUAGAGGAUUGUAACUCUUUGGAUGAAGAUGCUUUAGAUACAUUAAUCUCUCUGUGGUAUGAACUUAAAACUUCAUUUAUAUCAGGCAAGUAAAGAUGUAGGUGGCGAUAGGUAGUGCCAGCAAUCUGACUUGAAUAGGAACUGCAUGUAAUUAUUCUCAAGUACAUUUAUUUUCAUUUUGAGAAAUCGAUGGCUCCUCUUUUGUUUGGGAGGAGAGAAUUUUAUAGAUUUAUAAAAAAUACUAUUAUACCUUUCAAAUUAAA